AAAAUAGAUGGACGAAGAAGAAGCAGUAAUAAAAUAAAGAAAGUAGAAAAGUCAGCUUUUAGAUUCCCAAUCCCUAAGCCCUUGAGUAAUCCAUUUCUCUACUGCCACCGCCAUUGGUAUUUCCCGGCCACCCAACUUGAACUGCCGCCUCCGUCAUUGCCCACGGAUUUUGAAGCAUCCGAAAAUAAUCGUCCAGGAUUGACCAUUACAACAAAUUGUCCAUAUAGCCUAUCUGGGUGGCGAACUAUAAUUGAGGCAUAGGGAAGCGUCUGCGCCAGGUAGACUCCAUAUGAGGAUAAGCUGUUGUAUAUUCCAAGAAUGAGUGCUUAUUAAUGAAUCAGUAAGCUGAUCACGGAUGAACGAAGUCGCUCCACUUCAAAGUAGUGGUGCAAUGGAAUUGAAUGCUAACGAAACCACAGCAAGGACAGUAAACCCUAGGAAGACGGAUAUUGGUGGUAAACCCUUCAUACUCAUCAUCUGUGGAUCCCUCGUUUACUACCACUGUGCCUAUCGGAAUUCUAGUCUCGUCUCUCUUGUCUCGGACGUCUUUAUUGUACUCCUUUGUUCACUCGCCAUUCUAGGCCUCUUGUUUCGUCAGAUGAACAUCUCGGUUCCUGUGGAUCCGCUUGAGUGGCAGAUCUCUCAGGAUGCUGCCAACAGGGUUUUCGCCUGCCUCGCCAAUACUGUCGGCGCUGCUGAGUCUGUUCUUCGGGUUGCUGCUACGGGCCAUGAUAAGCGCUUGUUCUUUAAGGUUGUGGCUACUCUUUAUGUGCUAUCAGCUCUCGGAAGGAUAGCGUCGGGUGUUACCAUUGCUUAUGCUGGGCUCUGCUUUCUUUGCCUUUAUUUGCUUGCUGAGAACUUGCAAUUGAUUAGCUCGAGGAAUCCAAGGAGAAGGGACUGCACGAACACAGUUCAGGACGAUUAAAUUGAUUUGAUCUAUUUCAAAAGGAAAGGCGUAAGAGGCAUAUUCCAAAAUUUUCCAGGUCUGUCGCGUGUUCUUGCCAAAUUAGAUGUGCAUUCUCUUUGCAUUUUCUGCAGCCUUGUGAUUUCGUUACCUGUCUCUGUAAUAUAUUUCCAGUCCCAUGAUGAUUGUUUCCCUAGUUAAUGAGGAGACAUGAUAUAAAUUGUUAGCUUGCUGUUAGCAGUGCUUACCUGUUCGCAAAAGAAAAAUGGAAAAGAAAACACUUGUGAUGUCAA